UGUACUCUAUCUGCCAGAUCCAUGCCCACUUAUUUAAUCUAUCUAUAUCUAUCUGCAGACUCUCCACAUCCUCUGCACAAUUUGCUUUUCUACUAAAUUUAAUGUCAUCCAUUUAUUUAUUUCCACUAAAAAUAAUUUUAAAAAACUGCCAUCCUCCAUACUUCCCUCCAAUCACCUUAAGAUUAUGUCCCUUUGUAUUGGCCAUGUCUGCCCUGGGGGACAAAAGUCUUUAGCUAUCUGCUUUUUCUAAUCAUCUUGUGCACCUCUAUUGUCACCUCUCAUCCUCCUUCACCCCAGAGAGGAAAGCCCUAGCUCACUCAACAUUUACUUAUAGUACAUUCCCACGAAUCCCAGCAUCAUCCUGGUAAAUCUCUGCAGCCUCUCUAAAACUCCCACGUCCUUUCUAUAUUGUGUCAACCAGAAAUAAACACACUAUUCCAAGUAUGAUCUAACCAGGAUUUUGUUUAUAUGGAGCCAACAUACCAUACACCCUCUUAACAAUCCUACCAACUUGCAUUGCAACUUUGAGAGAUCUAUGGACAUGGACCCUAAGAUCUCUCUGUUCCUCCAGAGUGCUAACAAUCCUGACAUUAACCUUGUAUUCUGCAUUCAAAUUUGAACUUGCAAAAUCAAUCACUUCACACUUGUCCAGGUUGAACUCAGUCAAUCAGUGUCAAUCUUCUAGGCUAUCAACAACCCCACCAAUCUUUGUGUUCAUCUGCAAACUGAUUAUCAAGUUUGCAGAUGACAUGAAUAUUGGUGUAUUAUUACUACAGAGGAGGGUAAAUCUUACUCCACAGAACAAGGUUGUAAAAUGAGCAGAACAAUGCUGGAAGGAAUUUAGUUCCUAAAUGUGUGAUGACCAAUGAUUCUUGAAUAAACCCAAUGAAUGGUCAGAACUUAAGGAUUGUUAAGGAACAAGGGAUUUAAGUGUUCAAAUCCAAGGAUACCUGAAGGAAGCAGCACAGGUGAAUGGAAUACACCUUAAAUAACCAGAGCACAGUCAUAAUUUGGACGUGGAUAGAGUAUGGUGUGCAAUUGUGUUUGACAGAUUACAUGUGAAUUUUCUGUACACACUUGAUUCACCAGGAUGCUGCUUGGAAUGGAGUGUUUUAUAAUGGGGGAAAAAAAAACAGGACAGGCUCGGUUUUGUUUCUUUCUGUGGAAGAGACAGACACGGGAGCUGACUGAAGUACAUACAAUCAUGCUGGUUAAAGUCUAGGUAAUAAGAAAAUUCUGCCCAUGGCAGAGGAGUAUCAAAACAGAGUAAAGGUAAGAGUAAGAGGUUUGGGCUGGGUGUCAAAGGAAGAUUAUUUUCACUUGAGAGUGUUUGGAGUCUGGAAUGUAAUGGUGGAGGUAGGUACAAUCACAAUAUUUAAGACAUAUCUGGAGGAGCAUUUGAAUUUCCAAAGCAUGAAAGCUAUAGGUCAAGUGCUGAAAAAGGGGAUUAGUAUAGAUGGGUGCUUAAGAGUUGCCUUGGACAUGAUGGACUGAAGAACCUGUUUCUGUGCUCUUUUUCUUUGAGUAUAUGAAAUCCUUGCACCUCAAGAGUCCCUUUCCUUGUUCACCUCCUUCUCAUACACAGUGAUGCAGGUUCAUGACCCAAAAAUAUCCACUACCCUUAUGCCCCCCAACAGCUACUGACUGACCCGUUGAGUUCCUCUAGCCACUUGAUUUGUUUCACCCCAGAUUCCAGCAUCUGCAGUCUAUUUUAAAUCCAGAUUCCAGCAUCUGCAGUCUCUUCUGUCUCCCCACAGCCUCUACGGUCUGGUCUCUGGUAGAUCCAAAUAAUACUCCCGAACUUUAACGCAGUCACGAAGAAGUCUAAAGAAAAAUAAAGAAUCCCUCUUGUAAUCCCACGCAAGCCAACCGGUAGGCAUUAAUGAACAUAAAAGGUUACUUGCAAGCAAUCCAGGAAUACUAAAUCGAAAUACUCCCGGGUUUUAUAAUUACUCUUUUAAAAAAAUCUAGGUCAAGUCGAUAGUCAUUUGUAUGAAGGUUUUAUGCCGUUUUGAAAUGACGUUGACGUCGUCCGCAUCCUACAGUGAAGCAGAUUGAGUUAAUGAAUAAAAUUACUAGAGAGGAAGAUAAACUUGAAUGGCUACUUAAAAUAAAUAUCUGAGAGCAAUAUCAUUGGCGACUGAGUGUAGAUUGACACAGAAAGCGCAAGAAAAGGGUGUGCUACUCUGUUUAAAAAGUUACUGGUAAUGCAAGAAUAAUUCUGCUUGUUCAAUUCAUAAUUUGAGCACAACAAAUUGAAAAUUUAAGGGACGGCGGAAUGUAAAGCAAAUCAUCGCAAAGGGAAGACUUAAAGAAUUAAAGAGUCAGUUCUCUGACUGAGCUAUGCCUAGUGCAUUGAAGGGAAAAUAAAACAAAAGGUGAUGCUAUGCAAUCUUCAAUAAACAAAAAGCGAUGGUUGACGAGGAAAAUACGUCACCAUGUUAUAGGAGCCAAGGCAUCAAUUGGUUACAGUACGUGUCACCCUGUGCGUGGGUUUCCGCUGGGUUCAUAUAUAAAAGAGCUCGCACAGUAGUCUCUCGGCGGCUGGAAGGUAUUGGCUCAGUGUGACCAAAAGCACACUCCAGUACCUGUCAAAUUGAAUGCACUUUCUAAAAGCGCUGCCAACGGGUUGACUUUCAAAUCGGUUUCUUAUUUAAGACCGAACGGGGCAGAUGACAGUGCCGCUGCAACUUUUCAGACAGCAACUUUGCCACGAUUUGACGUGCUAUAAAUCCAGAGAGUGUCUGUACAUUUCUUUUGCAUCACAAUGACCCGUUAUAUGUGGCUCUCUGUUCCUUACGCAAACAAAGCUUUUCAAAGAUCAGACAAUUUACUUAACAUCAGUUUCUCCGGACUGCCUUUAAUGGCUAACAGGUCGGCUUUCUUUCCUUGGGGCAACUUUACUCUGGACGAUUGGGAGAGCUUUGUGGGGUCGGCAAAGUAUGAGGCCGAGUCCCAAAAUGCAACCGUCAAGGCUUUGCUAAUCGUAGCAUAUUCGGUUAUUAUAGUGAUUUCCCUCUUUGGAAAUGUUCUUGUGUGCCAGGUCGUGAUAAAGAACAAACGGAUGCAUUCUGCCACCAGCCUGUUCAUUGUUAAUCUCGCUGUAUCGGAUAUCAUGAUAACUCUUCUUAACACUCCUUUUACACUGGUUCGGUUUGUUAACAGCACUUGGGUUUUUGGGACGGUCAUGUGCCACAUCAGCCGCUUUGCCCAGUACUGCUCCCUGCACGUGUCCACCCUCACUCUGACAGCCAUCGCCUUGGACAGGCAUCAGGUUAUUAUGCAUCCGUUAAAAGCACGCAUGUCAACUGCUAAGGGGGUACUGUAUAUCAGCAUCAUCUGGAUUAUGGCGAGCUGUUUCUCACUUCCUCAUGCCAUCUAUCAGAAGCUCUUCAAAUUUGAAUACAGUAAGGAAAAAAUUCGGAGUUUAUGUGUCCCAAACUUUCCAGAGCCGGCAGAUCUGUUUUGGAAGUACCUGGACUUGGCCACAUUUAUGAUGUUGUAUGUGCUGCCCCUUUUAAUCAUCACUGUCACAUACACUACUGUGGCCAAAAAGUUAUGGUUUCGCAAUGCAAUUGGAGAUGUAACCACAGAGCAGUACUUUGCACAUCGACGGAAGAAGAAAAAGACAAUUAAAAUGUUGAUGCUGGUUGUGGUAGUAUUUGCUGUCUGCUGGUUUCCGCUUAAUUGUUAUGUCGUCCUCAUAUCUAGUCAAAUAAUUCAUACAAACAAUGCUCUCUAUUUUGCAUUUCACUGGUUUGCCCUGAGUAGCACUUGCUAUAACCCAUUUAUCUAUUGCUGGUUGAAUGAAAGUUUUCGUUUAGAACUUAAAUCACUCUUGAAUAUAUUCAGAAGAGAACAUGAAGUGCAGGAGCAUAUUCUCCCUUCUAUGGUCCCCUCUUACAGAUUAGCCUGGCCAGAAGAGAGUAACUACAAGAGGAGACAAGAUCCUCAGAGUCUUCACUCAAACAGUAACAUCCAGUCAGGAAAGACAGACAUUUCCUCAGUUGAGCCAGUCGUAGCUAUGAACUAGAAAUGGGAGAUCUGUCCAUUUCUGCCAUCAUCUUAUGAGAAAGUAAUAUGUAUGGUUCUAAGGAGCUGAUCUAUCACAGUGACUUUGUGCAGACUUUUUGUGCUUUAUUGACAAGCUGGCAAUAUUGAAAAUAAUACUUCAUUUAUCUAUUGUCUUAAUCAUGAUAGCAUACAUUUCUCUAAAACAUUCACCAAUGAGCUCGUGGAUUAAUUAGCCUCGUCGUGCAGGGAGGAGGAGACAGAUUGAGACAGUGGCCUACAUGGAGGGGGACGUAUGUUAGGUGAGGACAGGAUCGGAAGAUAUUAUUGGUGGUGCCAGUGCAGUGCAGUGGUUAGUGCUUCUGCCUCUCAACUCCAGGGAUCUCAGUUCAAUACUGACUUCAAAUGUGAUCUCUCUGGAAUUAUCAUACACACACUGUGACUCCCACCCCCCGGGUGCUGCAGUUUUUUCCCUCAGCUCUCCACAUUCCUCAAUAAUUUCCUGCUUUCCCCGUUCUCUCUAGUUUCCCCAUUUGCUCCAGUUUCCCCUGGGUGCUGCAGUUUCUCCCUAGGUGCUCCUAUUUCUCCCAAAUCCCAAAGAUGAGCUGGUAGUUUACCUGGCCACCAUCAAUCAACCCUAGUGCUGGUAGCAACAAAAAGGAAGCGAGAAGAAAUGGCUAGGAAUGUGAGACAGAGUAAGGUGCAGGCUACAAGGAGGUAUGGAGAAUGGUAAUAGGGCUGAUGAGAUUACUUUGCAUGAAGCUGGCAUGGACUUGAUAGCUUAAUGACCACUUUAUCAAACGUUAUGUUGCUAAACUUGUGGAGUAGUCAGUGCCUUUAAGACUGAGCUUUUAAGUAUAUAAAGAAUAAAACAACUAAUCAAUGAUAUGAGUAUAAAGACUGCAAAUAUAUAAGAUGCUUCCAAUGGUGUCUUGUAGGAAUAAUAGAUGUGACACAGUUAGCUUGAAUUGCAAUUAUAUGCAAGAGAAUGCACAGUCAUAAGAGGAAUAGACACUACUGAAUAUAUUAAUGUAAAGUCAAACUGCUUAGUCUUUAAACAGGCAUUCAACAUUAUGGCACACUUUCCAAUUUGCUGGAACUGGAGAGGAUUGUUUGCCAGUGGUGUGAUCUGAGAACUCAGGCAUAGAGGUCAACAGGGCUCAGUGCAUUUUUUAUCAAUUCAUUCCAAUGUUAUGAAGAUCCUGUGAGACCAAUUGACCUCUGCCUCAAGACCUGAUUACAUGUUCUGGGAGCACCAUGUAUCAAUCUGUGAAUGUGUAGAGUCUAUUCACAGAAACACCAGGCAUUGUGAUAUGCUUGUAUUUAAGUGGACUACUUUGUUCUAUAAUCGAAGUUGAACCUCUUUAUGGUAUGAAAUUUUUGUUCAUAGAUAUUUUAAUAAUUUAUAAAACUGUAAAUAAGUGCUGUUCUAUCCACACUUGAAAUAAAAAUUCCAACCAGUGAAAAGCGUAAAAGCUGCUCAUUAAAUUUUUGUACUUUUUUUGAAUAAUUGGUGUUGA